AUGCAGAUAUUGGAUGCCCGUGUCCAGCGCCGGACGUCUUCUUUUGACGAAGCUGCUGUCGAGGCAUGCUCACCAGCCACUUACGAGAAGUAUAUGGAAGAGAUCCAGAAUCAGAUCUCCGGUGCGGCUGGCACUGUGGGCGGCUUGGCGGAUCAGCUAAUGGCCGGAUGGGCAAUGGGAGACUUCAACUACACAAUGCUCCUACAGCUGGUAGAUCAAGAGAUUUCCGUUGUCGACUAUUUGAAGGCAAACUACCUCUUCCUCGCCCUCAUUGCCGUCUCCGUUCUCCUGCUCGUGCUCUGGCUGUUCUUCUGUCUUCCAAAGGUUUGCUGUCGAUGGUACCGAAAGUGUUGCUGCUGCAUUCGUGAACACACACACAAGCUUGGAUUGACCGGAAGAAUGGUUGUCGUCGCAGUCGGCGGCGUCGCCUUGGUUUUGGCCUUCAUUUUUGGAGUCGUGACGGCCUCAACAGAGGCCUCGGGCAUUAACGGCGUUCGGGCUCUGCAGUGCCACAUGUACACGACAGUCGGAGAAAUGAUCAAGGGUUCCGACCCCGCAGUGGUGGUUAACGAGCGGUUUAUUGGCGUUUCGCCUUUGGCGCAGGAGAUCCGGGAUCUGUCGAUCAAACUCGACACGACAAACCCGCAGAGUCUCCUAACUGAUCUGCGGGCGCAGAUUGAGGAAGACUUCCAUUUUGAAGAAGAACGUGCAGGAGCUGUAGGCAGUUUAAAAGCGUUCAGACAGUCAAUGGAGAUUGCUAGCCUCGGAGAUUCCGCCCACAUAUGUUAUGGCUGCAAGGCCGUUUCAGAACGAACGGUCCAGGAACUUCUUGAUAAAUACCAGGAGAUUUUAGAGACCAACCUGGAUCUGACCAACUACAUCGAUGUAAUGUUCGAAAACAUCAAUUUCCCGACAAUCGUGCUCGACAAGAUUAUCCCCGUCAACGAGGUUGAAGAAGUCGUAAAGAACGCAACGGAAACACUCGCGGAAACGCAGCCUUCCAUUUCCAGUAGCUUGACCAUGGCCGAGGUCGUCUUCGCGCUAGCUUGUUCAUUCGUCCUCCUUAUGGUUGUCAUGGGCGCCGUUUGGUUGGUGUUUUUCUUCAUCAGGAGCGGAAAAACAGGCACGAAGUUGGCAUGCAUCCAGUGGAAUACCCUCUGUGUUUGCAUGUUUGUCUUGCUUAUCGUCGCCGGCGUAUUUGGCUUCGUCAUGGACCUCCUCUUGAGAGGCUGCCAAUAUGCGAACACUGUGUUGAUCGAAAAAGACGACUGGUCAUGGCUCGUCGACAAAAUUGAUCCGGACCGCGCGACACCGAUUAGCCUCCUUGCCGACGGCUGUCUUGCUGACGGCGGCAACGGAGAUCUUGUUGACAUCUUCGGCUACAAAGACGAAUUCAACAACAUGGUUUCGGAGGUCGAGGAAACCAUUAGAAGAGCAGUUGGAAACCUCCCGCAGACACCUGAGCUCCCAAUCCAAGGAUUGGAUGAGUUCGAGGAAUUCCUUCAGCAGAUCGGCUGGGUUGUCACCAUCGACAAAGACACAGCAGGAUUAGAGAGGCUCAACACGUUUCCUCCUUUCCUGACCAGUGGAGUUCAAGAGGAGGAUGUCGAAGUGACCUUGUCAGACAAGAAGAUGACGCUUUCGGGGUUGCGCACGCUCGAGGCGCUCGUCCAGCCUUGGAAGUUUUCCGCCCUUCGUCCCGAUGAAACCCCCGACAAGUUCACGAUCACGGCUACGUAUCCGGCGGAAGAUGACCCCUUUUUGACCGAAUGGCUAGCUUCCUAUAACUCUGGGAAAGACUCAGGUCAUCCUAGCAGCAGAGUCGCUGAUGCGAGGGCGAAAAUGAAGAAUGCCAUAUGGUGGAGCGUGCAGAAGCACAAGGUUCUCAGCGCCAAGUAUUCCUGCUUCUUCUACGAUGCAGCCACGGGGAAAGUUGUGGAACAGUCUUGCCCCGGCAGCACCGUCUUUGCGUACAGUCCCGACGACUGGUCGAAGAACUCACUUAUCUCCAGCGCGAGCGCCAUGGUUCAGUGGAUCAAGAAACUGCUCCUGCGCGUGGAAAAUAGCAUCCCCACAGCAACUGAAAGCGCAACCGAGAUUCUCUUUUCCAUUAUACGGAAAGUAAAGGCCUUGGUUGACGGUAUCAACUGCAAAUUCAUGAGGCGCGCUUUCGUCCAAGGAUGUCUCAUCGCCUGUGACCAGGCCUUCCUCCCGCUGUACAAGGCGGCCCGAUACUGUGCGGUGACUGCGGGAUCCCUGCUGCUGUGGAUCACAGUCCUUCUCAUGGUGUGGCGAAAGCUGAAAGACAACCGCACGAUCGGCAGUAUAGCUUCUGACUGA